AUGAGGCUGCUGCGCGCCCUGCUGCGCGGCGCCUCCCCGGGCAGCAUCCCGCAGCAGGUGGACUUCUACUCGCGCUUCUCCCCCUCGCCGCUCUCCAUGAAGCAGUUCCUGGACUUCGGAUCUGAAAACGCUUGUGAAAAGACUUCAUUUAUGUUUCUGCGACAAGAAUUGCCUGUGAGAUUGGCAAACAUAAUGAAGGAAAUAAGCCUGCUUCCAGACAACCUCCUAAGAACACCUUCAGUUCAGCUGGUGCAGAGCUGGUAUGUCCAAAGUCUACAGGAGAUCCUUGACUUUAAGGACAAAAGCUCAGAAGAUUCAGGGGCUGUUCAUAGUUUUACAGAUACUGUGAUAAAAAUCCGGAAUCGACACAAUGAUGUAAUUCCUACGAUGGCUCAAGGAGUAACAGAAUACAAGGAAAGCUUUGGCAUUGAUCCAGUGACCUCACAGAAUGUGCAGUAUUUUUUAGACCGUUUCUACAUGAGUCGCAUUUCAAUUAGAAUGCUCCUUAAUCAACACUCUUUAUUGUUUGGAGGGAAAAUUAAUCCAGCUCAUCCAAAACACAUUGGAAGCAUUGAUCCUAGCUGCAAUGUUGUUGAAGUUAUUAAAGAUGGCUAUGAAAGUGCCAAGAGACUUUGUGAUUUAUAUUACAUGAGCUCUCCAGAACUCAUCCUUGAAGAGUUGAAUGCUAAAUCACCAGGACAGCCCAUGCAAGUGGUGUAUGUGCCAUCACAUCUCUAUCACAUGGUUUUUGAACUUUUCAAGAAUGCAAUGAGAGCCACCAUGGAACAUAAUGCUGAUCGAUGCAUUUAUCCUCCAAUUCAUGUACACGUCACGUUGGGAAGUGAGGAUUUAACUGUGAAGAUGAGUGAUCGUGGUGGAGGUGUUCCUAUGAGGAAAAUUGACAGACUAUUCAACUACAUGUAUUCAACAGCGCCACGUCCACGUGUUGAGACGUCACGAGCUACACCUUUGGCUGGAUUUGGUUAUGGCUUACCCAUAUCACGUCUGUAUGCACAGUACUUCCAAGGAGACCUGAAACUGUAUGCCUUAGAAGGCUAUGGUACAGAUGCAGUUAUUUACAUAAAGGCCUUAUCAACAGAAUCAAUUGAAAGACUCCCUGUAUAUAAUAAAGCAGCCUGGAAACAUUAUAAAGCAAACCAUGAAGCAGAUGAUUGGUGCGUGCCAAGCAGUGAGCCAAAGGACAUGACCACUUUUCGCAGUAUAUAGGUCUUUUUCCCUCAACAGUUCAUAAGAAGUAGGCAUGUCUGAAAAGGGAAUUUUAAAGACCUGAUUUACACCAAGAUGCCGAGCCACAUUUGAUAAGUGGAAGUAAUUUUAAGUGGAGUAACAGAAGGUUUAAUGUAAUUAUUAUUUUCUGGAAUUAAAAAAAAAAAAACAUUACAAACCAAAACCCAAGAAAACUCCCAAACCUGUACAUACUUUUAAGCGAGAAGGUCACACUUAAUUUGUUCCACUAUCUAUUUAUGACUACUUUCAGUAGCUAAGUCCAGGGAGCAGUGAUUUCGGGUUUUAAAGGGACCAAUGCAAUCUAUAUCACAUCUGGUGAGAAAUGCAUUAAUUCAUAUAGUUACAAAAUUGUUCUAAUAGAAGAACUAUUGAAAAAGCUCACCAGAGCAUUUUUCCAUUAUACCAUAUUACAGAUCAAUGAAAAACUCAUGUAAGAAAUAUGGAGGAGUUCAUUGCUAUACCUUUGCACCUGUAUGGCACUUUCCAUUCUUUUAUCUUAAGCAUGCUGAAGCCUAAUUUUGUGAAGUUAGAUAGGUUGCCUACACACCUUGCCUACAUCAAGGGUUUUUGCAGCUGUAGAAAUCACACUUAGGUCUGUAGGGAUUAAAAAAAAAAAAUCAGUUCUAGCUGCUACCACUGGUAUAAUGUAUCUCAGGUAUGUGGUAUCAGUCAUACUUCUUUGGUUGUAAUGUGAAUAUUUAAUACAUGUGAAAAACUUACCUUGCCAUGAUCAUUGUGAAUUAGCAAAUAGAGCUGGCUGUAAAGAUAUGCUGGUUUGCAUUUGCUUAUAUUUCUGUAGGUAAUACCAAAAUGUAGUAUCAAUGUUGUAGCCCUAGUAAGAUCUCAGACUCUGGUAUGUCACGUUACAGCUGUAAAUGGAAACUAUUUUAAUAAACAGAUUUUUUAAAAUUUGCCCUUAAUAGGGCAUCUCUGUUACUUUGACAAUAGCAACUACCUUCUCAGGAGUAUUUAAGAAAAAGUGGAAUUAACAUUUUUUGAAAAUAUCUUUGUAUUUGUGAUGCGCUUCUGGCCUCAUUUAUGUAGUAACUGGAAGUCACACUGUAACAUAAAUAAGGUAAGCAGAAUGUGUUUAUCAGUCAAAGGCAAACUGUCAAAACAUACUGGGCAAGAUAGAGACGGGAAUAAGUAUUACAUUUCAGGUACAAAGUCCUUCUCUUAUUAAAAGAUUCUGCUUCUUUUAAUGCCUGUUGUGCCAGCUUUGUUCAAAUUGUACACAUCUAUGUUGCACCUCAAUCCCUGUCAUUCCUGAACAUUUUAGGAGUGAUGCAGUUAAAGACACUGAGAACUAAUCCUUUUCUCAGUUAAUUCAUUGCAUGUAAUUCUGUGAUUUUUGUUCUGCAGCAGACAAGCAUAAUCCCUCUCAGAAAGAAUAAACCUGAAUUUUGCUAGUUUAUUAGCUCUGCAUAGAGCAGAAGGAGAGAUACCAGAAGUGGAGGGAAUAGCUGAUACGUUACAAAUGGAAGUCUUGCUAUUCUAGUUGUAGCUGAGCCAGAUUAAAGAUUAUCACCUGCUACCUCCCUACCCUAGUUCUGCAAAACAAUAAAAUGGUUUUAUACUCUGGUCAAGCUAAUGUAGGUCACUUUAAAGGGAGUGAUUUACAGAAUGGGGUGUAUAUGCAGUUAAACCAACACUCUGAGGGAGGAUUAAUCUAGCUUAAUUGCCACCAGAACUACAGUUACCUGCUCCACUCAAGCUUGUGGGCACUUCAAGAGGUCCCUAUUUUUCUUCUUUACAAGGAUGUGAGGUGGUGACUGGCAUACCUUUUAAUCUGCAUGGCUACAAGUGAGGAGAAUCUAUAGCUGUUCUUCAAUCCUGCAAGAAGAUGUAUGUGAGAAAUUCCACAUAUUGUAAAAUGGGGCCUGUACAAAAGUUAGAGGGAACACUUGCAGCUAUUGCUUUUGCUAAACUAAAGCUGAAAGGUACAGCAAGGGAUUUUAAAAACUCAACUCUGACACUGAACAUUCUAGCUUUUAUGCUAAGUUUUUAAGUAUUUAACUAACUCAAUUGAACUGAUUUUAGUAGGAUCUGAGAACUACAAGAGACGUUUCCGAAGAAAAAGCUAACUGUUUUCUAGAAAGUCUAUUAAAGUAUUUCAUAUGGUAUUAUUGAAAUAAAACCUCUUUCAUGCUCUCAGCUAGCUGCUGAUUGAAUUCUGAUUAUUAGAACAACUUACCAUGUAAUUAUAUUUGUAUCUAUCCCCUCACCCACCACCCCAAAUGAUUGUGGUGAAAACACAAGUGUAGUAUUUUGGUUUACAAUGUUUAACCCUACUUAUAAGUUUGAUCUUUGAUUACUUUUGAUUUUUGUGCUUAAUGUUUUCGUUACUGUACUGAAGUAAUUGCUAGCACACUGGUUAAGUUGAAGUGAAUCACUGUAGAAAAUGAGUAUAUUAGCUCAGCUAUCAAAAUGCUGGGAUUAAUAGUUUUGUAUGCAAAUGAGCUCAGUCUUGCACUGUAAAAUUAAUCUUGGUUUGUGUUAACUUAAUUUUUUUGAAAGAAUCACUACAUUUACUCAUUAAAACUAUUU